GCAGUAGGCGCUGUCACUGUGUUUGACGUUUCAUGCCAUUGUGUAUACAUAACACACGGCGGUGUGUUUUUCACAGACCGGGUGCUGGUAGCAAAAAGUACCCUCGAAACUAGGAGAAAACCUUGGCUUAGUAUCGCAUUUUAGCAGGGGAUUACACAGCUACACAAUGGCCACCUAUCUAUUGCACACGUUCAAACGACUCGCUCUGUCGGAUCGUAACACCAGCUGUGCAGCACUUCGUCUGAUACACACGGGCAAUGCACUGGCCAAGAAUUGGAACGGUCACAACACUGGACCGCAACGAUGGUUGCAGUACAACAAAGUUAUCUACCCGCCCCAACAACCGGACGAGCCGGUUCGCCCUGCGUACGUGUGCCAUCAGAAAACGAACAUCAAGUACAGCCCGAAAAAGAUGUGGUACGUUGCAUCGUUCGUACGCGGCAUGUCCGUGGACGAAGCGAUCAAACAGCUAUCCUUCAUCGACAAGCAGGGUGCCAGCUACGUGAAGGAAACGAUUCUGGAAGCGAUCGAGCUGGCGGUCAAGCGGCACAACGUCGAGUACCGGACGAACCUGUGGGUGGCGGAAUCACACUGCGGCAAGGGUCGCGUUUUCAAGGGGCUACGGCGGCACGCCCGAGGCCGAACAGGCGAGGUUGAGUACAAGCACUGUCAUUACUUUGUACGGCUGGAGGAAGGAACACCGCCCGCGCACUACUAUCAACCGGCACCGAAGACGGGCGAGCAGCAGCUAGCCGAAUGGGAAGAAACGAUGCGCAAGCGUAAGGUAAUCGGAUCGCUGUAAAGUGUAAGACAGUCGUUAAUAAAGCUUUAGCAAACGUGGUAUUUCUAUUACUGUAUGUAUAA